AUGUUCGGUCAACCAUCCCUUGAGCUGCAGCUUGAUGGUGCUGUGUAUGCCAUGCUGAACAAGGAAAUAGCAGAGAAAACCCGUGAACUGAGGCAAAUGAGGGGAGAAGACCUGCAAGGAUUGAACAUAGAAGAAUUACAGAAAUUAGAAAAAUUAAUCCAAGGAAGCUUGUGUCGCGUCUUGGAAGAAAAGGAGGAUAAAAUUGUAAAUGAGAUGGAAGCUCUCAAGAGAAAGAUGGAGGAAUUAAUAGAAGAGAACCAGCGAUUGGAGCAGCAAGUGGUGAAUUUAUCAGCAGGAAAAGGACAAUUGCUUGAACGAGGCCAGUCAUCAGAUUCCAUGGUGACCAAUAUCAGCACUACGGGCUCAGCUGAUCUUCGUCAGGACUCCGACAGCUCUUGUGCUUUUCUUACAUUGGGGUUGGCUUGUUACUCUCAUUUCCACGCAAAUAGUUUCUAUGGAUUUCAUUCAGUUUGCUUGUGGCCAUGCACUCAUUCGAACGCAUUAUAA